AUGACUGCUCGAAAAGUGGCCGAAGCUUUAUACAACGGUUGGAUAUCUCGUUUUGGUGUCCCUACUAAUAUAACCACUGAUCAAGGUCGUCAGUUCGAGUCCAAUCUUUUCAAAGAACUCGCACUUAUUCUUGGUAGUAAAAGAAUAAGAACAACAGCUUACCAUCCAUCGUCCAAUGGCAUGAUAGAACGAUGGCAUCGUUCUCUAAAAGCUUCCCUAAUGUGUCAUAAUAACAAAAAUUGGCUAGAAGUACUUCCUACUGUACUUAUGGGUCUUCGUUCAAGUAUCAGAGAAGAUGUAAAUGCAACUCCCGCUGAACUUGUAUAUGGUACAACUAUUCGUCUACCAUGCGACCUACUUCAAAAUUCUACAGAAUUUGCACCAAAUAGUGAUUUUGUUCAAAAUCUUAAAACUCAAAUGAACAUGCUUAAACCAGUGGAUGUAAAGCAUAAAUCUAAUAAAUCCGUAUUUCUUCACAAGAAUUUGGAAAGUUGUUCAUUCGUUUUUGUUCGUAACGAUGCUGUAAAGAAACCUCUUCAACAGCCUUAUGAUGGUCCUUAUCGUGUUUUAAAGAAGGCCGACAAAUUUUUUACCUUAGACAUAAAUGGAUGCAGUAAAGUCAUAUCCAUAGAUCGACUAAAACCAGCAUUUAUGUUUAAUUCGGAAAUAAUCGAAGAGCCAAAAUCUGUUACCAUUCAACUAAGACGAACACCAACUUCCAAUACGAAUUCAACAGUGCCGAUCUCAAAUAAGUCAAAAAUUCCAAAAAGAGUAAAAUUUUCGAGAGUUCAAUAA